AUGCACGAGCGAAAGGCGGAGAUGGCGAAAGCAGCUGACGCGUUCAUCGCUCUGCCAGGUGGGUACGGCACGCUAGAGGAGCUUCUAGAGAUGGUAACCUGGUCGCAGCUGGGCAUUCACGACAAGCCGAUCGCCGUGCUCAACGCCAACGGCUACUUCGACUCGCUGCUCGCCUUCUUCGACCGCGCCGCGCAGGAGGGGUUUGUGAACGCGACGAAUCGCAGCAUCGUGAUGUCGGGUCGCACGGCCAAGGAGGUUCUGGAUUUGAUUGAAGCGUUUAAUGCGGAUAGCCGAGGCGCGUUGCUGGCGAAGGAGCGGUGGCAUGGGGACGAAGGUUCGGGAUCCGUGAGUGAUGGGGUGACGAAAGAGGAGAUGGUGAAGGCCGUUGUGGAACCCUGA